UAUCAGUAUUAAACAGCCGGAAACUUAUGCUCUAGCGCUUAUUUGUUGUAGUGACUCUAAAUGCAAUUACCUUUCAAAUGUAAAUUGUAGUUCCGUGAUGGCCACUAUGACAUAUAAGCGCUAUUGCUUAAGUAUCCAGCUGUUUAAUUUAACUUUAAUACUGAUUAUAGAGAUUCAUUUCGGUAGACUAUUUUCAAGUAUGAGAAUCAUACGUCGAAGGGCAACCAUACUAUCUAUAACCGUGCGAUAAACUCAAAAGUUAUUACUAUUUGUUACUGAUGAAUAAAACAAAAAAUGUCUGUAAAACAAAGAACAAUACUUAAUGUUAAUGUUCAAUAUUUAAUGAUUAUUUUUAAAUUUUAAACUGUAAUACCUAGGUUUUUUCGAAUUAUCUAUUUAAAUUGUUUUAUUGAAUCUAUUUUAUUCACAGUUUGGUACAAAGUAUCACCGCGAUGAGUGAAACAUUAAGAAUAUUAAAAAAACGAUCUAAAAAAAGGAAAAAAAUGAUUGCAAAAACGUUAGGUUUCUCUGAUGUACAACAGUUGAGACAAGCAUUAAAUCCUUAUAGGAAGACCAAAAUGCGAAUGUGUUCAGUUAAAAAAUAUAAUGCAAGGAGUCCAGAAAAUACUUUUAAAGAUUCAACACCAUUUCUGAAAGGUACAAUAUCGUAUAAUCCGCACAAUGAUUACUGUCAACAUUUUAUUGAUACUGGUCAACGUCCACAAAAUUUUAUUAGAGAUGUUCACCUAACUAACAGAUUUGAAGAACUUCCUAAGCUAAAGGAAUUAGUUCAUCUAAAGGAUGAACUUAUUUUACAAACUGCUACUCCACCAAUGUUUCUAAAGUGUGAUUUGAGCACAUAUAAUUUAGAAAAUUUAAAUGUAAAAUUUGAUGUGAUACUUGUUGAACCACCUCUAGAAGAAUAUCAACAAACAUUAGGUACAACCAGAAAAAAUCUAUGGAAUUGGAAACAAAUAAUGGACUUGAAAUUGAAUGAAAUAGCAGCUCACCGUAGUUUUAUUUUUCUCUGGUGCGGUUCGUCUGAUGGUUUGGAAAAUGGCCGUGAUUGUUUACGUCACUGGGGUUUUAGACGUUGUGAAGAUAUUUGUUGGAUUCAAACAAAUAUUAAAAAAGUUAACCAUUUAAAAUACUUAGAACCAAAUGCUCUCUUCCAACGUACCAAGGAACAUUGCUUAAUGGGUAUCAAAGGAACAGUUCGUCGAUCUACAGACGGUGAUUUUAUUCACUCAAACAUUGAUACUGAUUUAAUUAUUAGUGAAAAAAAUGAAUAUGGAUCAACAGAAAAGCCAGCAGAAAUAUUCAAUAUAAUUGAACACUUUUGUCUUGGAAGAAGAAGAUUACAUCUGUUUGGUUGUGAUGGUACUAUACGUCCAGGAUGGCUAACUCUGGGACAAGAAUUGACUAAUUCCAAUUUCAACAUUGAUUUGUAUAAAAGUUAUUUCAUCAAUGGUCAAUUAACAACUGGAUGUACUGACCGUAUUGAAGAAUUAAGACCAAAAUCUCCACCUUCUUUUAAUAAAGUGCCAAAAUAAAUGAAAAAGAUAUUCCUUAUAAGAAUAGAGAUUAAGGGUGUGCAGUACUGCAGUAAUAUAGUCCAAUAUAAUGUGGUCUGAAUUGGCAGGUGAAACUUUAAUAAUAAAAUAUAGUCUAGAACAGUGUUUCCCAAACUUUUUAUCUUUACCGCCCACCUCCAAAAAAAAAAUUCGACAGAUGCCUCUUAAAAAAAUAUUGUUACAAAAGUAUGCAAUGAAAAAUGAAAUUUAUUGUUCAUAAAUAUAUAUAUAAUGUAUAGGUACAAAU